AUGAUCAAGAGCCGUCACAUGGUACCAAUUAUGGGUUUUGGCCAAUCCAAGUUCCACUUGGAGAAAUUUAAAGAGGAAAUUCUCAAGAAAUUUGGGCCAGAAUCUGAUUCAAUAGAGAAUGAAGAAGCAAAUGAGUGGCCACCACCAGAAUUAUUAGACCAACAUCUACCACUGUCAAAAUCACCAGACAUCGGGUUUCACAGGGUGUUUGCAGCUAUUUUUGAGGGAACCAUCUAUAAAUUGGAGAUGCAAAGAAACUUUGCACCUUUCGCUAGUUCUUCAUUUGCUCUCUCUGAUCAAUUCUUCUUACUGUUGCCAUUGCUCGCCUCCAUCCACCGUCGUAUCAAAGUUAUUCGGACACAGCUUCAACCCCUCCGACCACGUAAGAUUUCUAUUUCUCAUUGUUUCAAGCGAGAUUUAGCUUUGUUUUCAAUUAGAAUGCAUUCAGAUGUGAUGGAUCUAGUUAGAGUGAGUGUCACUCUGGCGAUUGUUGGUGUUUCACGUUGGUUAUGCCACUUUCUGACGCAAUCAUCGAUGAAAGAGUGA